AUGCCUAUGUGGGGCUCCCUGCGAAGAUUUGGACGCGUAUCUCUCGCACAGGAAUGCCUGUACCGAGUUCGCGGCGCCGUUCUGCUGCAGCUGCGGCUUCACCUGCGGGACAGCGAGCGCACUCGAGCGCCAUCAGGAGGCGGAAGACCUCACGGGCCUCUCUGCGCACCCGCGCCCGAGCCCCCCCAGAGCCAGACGCGGCGCGAGCGAGCGGCAGAGAUCCGCCUCCUGCUGCUCGGCCUGGACCGCGCUGGCAAGACGACGAUCAUGGAGCACCUGUUCCAGGAGCGUCCCUCUGGAGAGUACCGGCCCACCGUGGGAGUCAACAUGAAGAGCCGCUCCACGGCGGCACCGCCCCUCAACCUGACCGUCACGGAGGUCGGUGGACAGGCGCGCGCCCACUGGGCGCAGUUCCUCGCCGGCCUCGACGCGCUGAUCUACGUGGUCGACGUGGGCGACGAGCGGCUGGUGGACCAGAGCUGCUACGAGCUCUUCCGGCUGCUGGAGGACGGGCGCACGGCCGACGUGCCCCUGCUGCUGCUCGCCAACGCGGCCGCCCCCGGCUCGGAGCUGCGCGGGCAGGGGCUCUCCCGGGUCGGCGGGCUCGUGGGCGGCGCGCUGGGGGGCGGCUCGAGGGUCUGGCAGGUCCACGGGUGCUGCGCCAGGACGGGGGAGGGCCUGGGCCUCGGCGUCCGGUGGCUCGAGGGCGCCCUGGCCUCGUGCGGCAAGCUGUGCCCCGGGGAGGCGCUGUUCGACCUGGCGUGA